UGCAGAAACAUUCGGGUCCGACUAUAAUAUACGACGAGUGUUGUACAUCACGAUCGCACGCCAAAACUCCGAAGAAGUCACUCAAAAUCAAUUUUUUCUUCGGGACUUUGGUGUCAUUAUAGUCAUUUUAAAGUCGUAGAAUAGUUUCCCCGUUUGUGUAAAAUCCGUGUCUCCUAGUAAAAAACUGUGCUGAUCUUCGCGUCCGCGUGACAUGGCGAGUGAUAUAAUCAACUAUUCUUCUCGACACUAUCAACCGAAUUAUUCAGUGAAGCAAGAAUUGACGACGGCCCUCGGUGUAGCGGCCACGCCAUCGUCGUCGGCUGGGCUCGGCGACGGGCGUUACGUCGUCCAGGACCUUUCGUCGUCGGCGCCAUCCUACUGGAUGCCGGGUGCGGAACAACAGCAGCUGGUGACAUGCGUUGUCGGUCACCCGAUCGGUAGCACCGCGUCGUCUUCGUCGUCGUUUGUAGACGAUGAAUCCACAUCGUACGAGGACAUUACGUACAAUUACGGACCGUCGUCAGUGGCCGCGCUGCAGGCCGCAACCGCAGCCGCGGCUGCUGUGGCCAAUUGCGACUACGGUGGCAUUUACGGUCAUCAACAACAGCAACAGCAGCAGUCGUUGCUGCAGUACGGCAACGUCGGUUACUACGAUGGUGGUAGCGGCGGUUACCACCAGCUCGKCCACUUGCAGGGCUACGACGAAAAGCCGRCGGCAUACGACAAUAACAACGCGGCUGAUGUUUGCGACAUGAAUUCCGCAGUGACGGCCGCCUCGGUGGCUGUCGCUUACGGCGAUCCGUACGUCACGACCAUUGUGCCACAACUCGAUCGACAGUCACUCACKCCACAGGUACGCACUCAUUUAAUAUUAUAUCUUCAUAAGUGGGCUGCUACAGUGCUACCUAUUAUCCUUUUAUUGAAUUCCAAAUCUAAAAAUCAACAAAAUUCUGUUCCAAAUCAAAUCUUGAAUUUAGCUCAUUCAAAAUAA